AUGGUGCUUCACGGUUGGCGGGGCUACAAGACUUAUGCAUGGGGGAAAAAUGAACUUCGGCCUGUAAGCAAACGGGGUCACACUGCAGGAAUCUUCGGCAGACAAGAUAUGGGAGCUACAAUAGUUGAUGCACUUGACACCCUCUACAUUAUGGGAUUAAUGGAGGAGUUCAAUGAAGGUCGUGCAUGGAUUCAGUACCACCUAGACUUUAAUCAGUUGAGAUCAGAAAUGUCUGUGUUCGAGACCAAUAUUCGGUUUGUUGGGGGCCUUCUCUCAGUCUAUUCUCUUACUGGUGAUCCGCUGUUUCGAGACCGUGCUCUACACAUUGCUCGGAAACUUCUGCCAGCCUUUGAUACUCCUACUGGCAUACCAUAUGCUCUUAUUAAUGUUGGCAAUGGGAUUGCUAAAAACUAUGCAUGGGCAAGUGGUGGUUCAAGCAUUUUAUCAGAGUUUGGCACACUACAUCUUGAGUUUGUCUACCUCUCUGAUAUUUCUGGUGAUCCUGUAUUUAGGGAAAAAGUGUUCAGGAUUCGGGAUGUCAUAAGGAAGACAGAACGCCCUGAUGGCCUCUAUCCUAACUACAUGAAUCCCAAGACAGGAAAAUGGGGCCAGCGUCACACAUCUGUUGGUGCACUUGGUGACAGCUUCUAUGAAUAUCUUUUAAAAGCCUACCUACAAUCUGGGGGAAAAGAUGAAGUAGCUCGAGAUAUGUAUGUAGAUGCUAUUGGAGUCAUAACUAACCGUUUAGUUCUUAAGUCCAACUCUGGGCUCACUUACAUUGCUGAAAGUAAAUUUAAUCGUUUGGAGCACAAGAUGGAUCACUUGGCCUGCUUUUCUGGCGGAAUGUAUGCUUUGGGUGCUAAGAAAAUUGAAAGCCAGUUGUCUGCAACUCACAUGGAGAUUGCAGAAGGUUUGGCAAAUACAUGUCAUGAGUCUUACAUUCGCACACCUAUUGGACUCGGACCAGAGAGUUUCCGAUUCACAGAAGGAAUUGAAGCACGGGCACUAAAAUCCUCUGAGAAAUACUAUAUUCUAAGACCAGAGGUUAUAGAGACUUGGUUCUACAUGUGGAGAUUCACCAAAGAUCAAAAAUACAGAGAAUGGGCAUGGGAGGCUGUUUUGGCCUUAGAGAAAUAUUGUCGAGCUGAGGCAGGCUACAGUGGCAUUCAGAAUGUGUACAUGGAAAAUCCUCAGAAGGAUGAUGUUCAGCAAAGUUUCAUCUUUGCUGAAACAUUUAAGUACCUGUACUUGAUAUUCUCAGAUGACUCUCUUCUGAGUUUGGAUGAAUGGGUGUUAAAUACAGAAGCUCAUCCAAUCCCCGUAGAGGGUAACAAUGCAUUUUACCGUAAAUCCCAAGAGACUGACAACCAGUGGUAAGCGACUAUACAAGGAACAGUGAUGUGGUGACUUAAGAAUUUUACAAGGUAUUAUAGAAUCAGAUAGGGAAGUAAAUAAAGUAGAAUUAAUAUAUUGGUAAAAAUAUAUUUAUUCAAAGCAUAUUAUUGUCCUUGAAUGUACAGGCAGUUUCUUUCUUUAGAGUGUUAUUGGAGGAAUUGUAAAGGGGCAUCAGCAAUGACAGUAUGAGCAAUAGGCCACUUAAUGUAAACAUGGCACUGUUCUCUCUUGCUGUGUACAGUAUAUUAUAUAAGAUUGAAGCUUGGGAGCCAGGAAGUGCUCACACUGAAAGUGACUAAUGCCUCUCUAAUCCUCUGAAUACAUGGAUUGCUUGUUAAUACUGUUCUAAGAUUCCUACUUAAUCUGCCCUCUUUUAUUGUUGACUAGUGAGAGUUGCAGUAGUAGUGAUUGUGAGCUGCACAUCAUCACUUGCAGUGUAUCAUAUCCAAAGGAUAUUUCUCAGCAUGUGUACAUGUUUUAGGUUCACAAUGACUGAAACUGCAAAAUAUAAAGUGCUUGAUAAAAAAAUUAUGAUCAGCCACUCGUACUCUUAUCUCGUUAUAUAUUUCCUGUUUUAGAAAUUUUUAGAAGGGUUUGAAUGGCUGUGUAUUGGUAAAUAGAUUUUUUACUUAAUAUGCAGUUAAACUUGCUUUUUGUUUUAUUGCCACAUUAACACUCCUUUCAAAAAUUAAGAUCCUUCUUAGCUUCUCAUAUGAUUUUUUCUCCUUUUAACCAACUGUCCCAUCAAACCUUUAGUUUACAUUUGUAUAGUAUGUAGCUUAUCAUGUCACUAAGACAUUCUCAUUCAUUCUUGGUAUAUUUCUUUUAUUCCCAUAUAGCUCAAAUAUAGCAUUUCCAUAACUGGUGUUUGCUGUUAAUGUCUUAUGUUACACCUUAAUCACAAAACUAAGUAAGUGCUGUUCGAGUCAUGAAAUGCUGUCUUAUUUUUUCCUUCGACAAAGUAGUUUUUGCUCUCUAGUUAUUAUAUCCCAUAUUUUUCAUUAUCACAUCGGUCAUUUCCCACCAAGAUAGGGUGACCAAACAAUGGAAAUCUUCACUAUCAUUUAUUCAAUAGCGGCCUUGCCAGAAGUGUGUAGACAUCAAGGCUCAGUGACCCUCUGAACUGUAUCAUUCCCCACCCCUCCUUCAGAGUGCAGACACUGUGCUUCCCACCUCUAGGACUUAAGUCUAGCUAACCAGUUUCCCUGAAUCCCUUCAUGUUUACUACUCACCAAUGAACAGCAUAUCAAGUUAAUAGAACCACUUUUUUUUUACUUGUUCCGAUCUAACACACUCACACCUGUUGGAUGCUCAAGUCCUUACAAUUUAAAACCUUCACACCAUCUCUCCAGUACUUCCUGGGAAGACCCCUCCCUACUUUCGUUUACCCUCAGAUUUAUAGUCUCUCGGUCAUCCUAUUCUAUUCACACUAUAUAUACCUAAAUAAUCUUGUCAACCCCUGCAUUUUUAAUUUCUUUUUACACACACUCCCAACUCGUCUGCCAUCCUUCACAACCUCUCUUUAGAAUUUCACAAAAGAACUGUGUCAUCAGCUAACACCAACUGUAACUACUCCCACUUUGUAUCCAAUUAAUUAUUUUUAAAUCUCACACCUCUCCCCAACACCCUAGCAUUAAUAUUUUUUGCAGUCAUUUAUAUAAAUAUGUUAAAUAACCAUAGUGACAUCACACAUCCUUGUGUAAGGCCUUCUUUUACUUGAAAAUAGUCACCUUCUCUUAUACAGACCUUAACCUGAUCAUCACUUUUCUUAUAAAAACUCUUUACUGCUUUUAGUAACCUACUACCUGUAACAUACAUUUGCAACAUCUGACACAUUAUUUUCAUCUCUUCCCUAUCAUAUGCCUUUAUUUGAUCCAUAAAUGUAACUUCCCACCAUUCUCUUAAGUAUUGUUCACUUGUAUGCUUUAGUGAAGACACAUGGUCUACACACAGCUUAUCCUUCCUAAAUCUUACUUUGUCUUUAUCCCAACUCUUUCAAUAAUAAUUCUCUAAUGUAUACUUUACCCAGUUUACUGAAGAGGCUUAUUUCCCUGUAAUUCUUACACACACUCUUGUCCCAUUUUCCUUAUAGAAGGGAAUUAUGCAUGCUCUCUGCCAGUCUUUAGGCACCUUCCUUUCUUUAAUGUAUGUAUGUAUGUAUGUAUAUUCUUUCUUUCAACAAACCGGCUGUAUCCCACCGAGGCAGGGUGGCCCAAAAAGAUAAACGAAAGUUCCUCUUUUUAAAUUUAGUAAUUUAUACAAGAGAAGGGGUUACUAGCCCCUUGCCCCCAGCAUUUUAGUCGCCUCUUACAACACGCAUGGCUUAUGGAGGAAGAAUUCUGUUCCACUUCCCCAUGGAGGUAAGAGGAAAUAAACAAGAACAAGAACUAGAAAGAAAAUAGAAGAAAACCUAGAGGGAUGUGUAUAUAUAAGCUUGUACAUGUAUGUGUAGUAUGACCUAAGUGUAAGAAGUAGCAAGACAUACCUGAAAUCUUGCAUGUUUAUGAGACAGAAAAAAGACACCAGCAAUCCUACCAUCGUGUUAAACAAAUACAGGCUUUCGUUUUACACUCACUUGGCAGGACGGUAGUACCUCCCUGGGUGGUUGCUGUCUACCAACCCACCGAGGCAGGGUGACCCAAAAAGAAAGAAAAUCCCCAAAAAGAAAAUACUUUCAACAUCAUUCAACACUUUCACUUCACUCAUACAUAAUCACUGUUUUUGCAGAGGUGCCCAGAUACAACAGUUUAGAAGCAUAGAUAUAACAUAUCUCUCCAAACUGCCAAUAUUCCAAAUACACAGAUACACAGACCCCU